AUGGCGCCUAAGCUCAGUCGCAGGACCAUUUUUCAGAACUCGGUGUACUCGAUGGCGGUGAAGACGCUCAUCACCGUGUCCACCAUCAUGUUGAUGGGGCUCAUCGUGGCCUACCAUGCCCUCGAAGUGCAGGUCCGACUGUUCAUGAUCGACAACUGCGCCGACGACUGGCGCAUCGCCAUGACUCCACGGCGCGUGGCGCAGAUCCUGGCCGAACUGGCGGUGUGUGCGGUGCACCCUCUGCCCGGGGACCAGCGCUUCACGUGGACCACGAAGCUGGCCAACCACAGCAACCGCAUCCGGUCGCGCGAAGUGCCCGUGGACGUGACACUGUCGCUGCCCAUGUUCCUGCGGCUCUACCUCAUCUGCCGCGUGAUGCUGCUCCACAGCAAGCUGUUCACGGACGCUUCGUCGCGUUCCAUCGGCGCCCUCAACAGGAUAAACUUCAACACGCGCUUCGUGCUCAAGACCCUGAUGACCAUCUGCCCCGGCACGGUGCUCCUCGUCUUCAUGGUCUCCUUGUGGAUCAUCGCCUCGUGGACGCUUAGGCUCUGCGAGAGGCCAGUGCUUUGCUCUCUUCCCUCCUUCACAAUCCGCUUCCUUCUCCCGACCCUUGUCGGGGCGAUGAAGGUUUUUGCCUAG